AUGGAUUUUGUUCAUCGUGUCAGCCCGACAGAUAUUAGAGAAGUCAGCAUCGAAGGUCCUCUGAUUGUCGAAGAAGUCGUGUUUACUCCUCCACAAGGAGCAAUGCUGGACCCACUGCCUUCGUAUGAACAAGCAACGACCUCUGGCGUCAUUCCAGUGAUCGACCUUGAGCGGAUGAAUUUAGGUACAGGUAAACCAAGCGCUAACCCACCGUUGGCUCCAACGCCUUUGGUCCUACCGGGCCCUCCGCCCUUAUUUGCCCUCACUCCAACUCCUGGACCGCCUCAGAUCGGUCUAUCGCCUUCCAUAUUGAACCAACCAAUGCCUGGAGUUCCUCCUGUUCCAGUCCCAUCCGGGACCGUCGGAAAGACCUCUGAUCGCUCAUCGUCCGGUUCUGCAUCUCUUAAUCCAUUUCUACAAGACAAUUCUACCAGCAAAUCUCCAAUAUACGUACCACAGCAACCAAUGCCACAGCCAUACGGUGCUCCCCAACAGUAUCCUUAUCCUGCUCAGAAUCCUUACAUGAACCCAUAUCAGUACCCUCAGGCGGCGCCAGGAAUGCAGAUGCAAUCUCCGUACAACCCCUACCAACAUGCUCCCCCACUUCAAUAUCAAGUUCCACAAAGCCCUUACGCCCCAGGAUAUUCCGACAUGCUAUACGAAGUUAUUACGUAUCCAGUCAUGUAUGGAUCAGGAUGCCAUGGAUAUCGCCGGUCAAGUUCGUGCUGUUCCGAUUGA